AUGAGUCAGACAUUGAUGCUGACAUCAGCCUUGCAGACUGGGGUCGCAAGGCCAUUGAGAUUGCGGAGAAUGAGAUGCCAGGGCUGAUGAAGAUGCGGGAGAUGUAUGCUGCAUCAAAGCCACUGAAGGGUGCACGUAUUGCUGGUUGCCUUCACAUGACUGUGCAGACAGCGGUUCUCAUAGAGACCCUCAUAGAGCUGGGAGCUGAGGUACAAUGGUCAAGCUGCAACAUUUUCUCCACUCAGGACCACGCUGCAGCUGCUAUUGCAAAAGCUGGUAUCCCUGUGUUUGCCUGGAAAGGAGAGACCGACGAGGAAUAUUUGUGGUGCAUUGAGCAGACCCUGUACUUCAAGGAUGGGCAGCCCCUCAACAUGAUUUUGGAUGAUGGUGGAGAUCUUACGAACCUAGUUCAUACCAAAUACCCACAGCUCUUGAAAGGUGACUUGUAUUUUGUUUUGUCAGGCACGGUUCUGCUUGGGGAGCCUGUUUAG